GACCACAAAAAUGUUUAAGAACUUUAAUUUGGUGGUUUUGACCUUGUGGAUCACUCUACCUAAACCAGGUAAAUGAGAGUUAGUUAUGUCUAGCUAGCUAUUUAUCAUAUGACAAAUGUUUAUGUAAUAUAUUAUUACCUCAGUUGUCGUUAGCCAUUGAUCGUUUAUAACAAUGUUUUUCGUCAGUACCAACUUCUCUCUUUUAAACUUCUAUUUAUUUGUUGACUGUUAAGAUACACGAUUUUCGAUCUACGUAUUCACAUAUUGAGAAAUUCACAAAAGAACGAGUGAGUAUUGACGUAGUAUUACUCACAAGACGUGAAGACUUAGUGCAAUGCAAAAUUCCUACGACGGAUAAAAUUUACACUACUAUUUAGACCCAUGGGCAUUCAAAAUUCUCUUAUUAUAACCUUCUUUUUCUACUGGGAGAGAUAAGGUUCGCUUAUCUCAUGGUUCAUGGUACCAUGUGAAGCAAUACAAUAAAGGCUCAAUAUUGCUUACUACUGUGUACAGUUACUUAUGAGAUAUCUAUUUUUUUUUUUGGCGCAUUGGUGAUACAAGUUUUUGAGUAUAUCUAAGACAACAACUGAGAGACGCUUUCAAUCCCCUUUUCUGUAAUUUCUUUCUCCCAUAUCAUCUACUUAAUUAAAAGAGGUUUUGAAAUAAUUGGUGAAUGUUUGUGCAUGGUAGUCAAUAUUGAGUUAGGAUCAGUUAAUACUUUUGGUGGUUUGGAAAUCCGGCCGUGACCUGAGGACAAGACAAAGCCAGUGAACAAAUGCAACAACAAUAACAUGGACAACAACAAAAAGUAGCUUUUGCAAUAUCUUAUAUUCAUUCAGUCUUGCAGAGAAAAGGAAAGUUUACAAUAAUAAACAAAAACGAUUUUUGAGCGUUAACAAGUGCGCGUUUAUCGAAGCUAGACAAGAUAAAUAUUAUCGACUGAAGAUUAACAACAUAAUUUAGAAAAAUUAUUGAAUUCGAGCCUAAUUUGGCUUUCGUAGAAUGUGAAGAAUUAUGCAGAUCUCGGAGUAUGUUAUCUAUCGAGGCUGAAGGCCAAGGUGGAUAACAUCCUUCGAGAUCUGCAUAAUUCUUCACAUCCUAGGAAUGCCGAAUUCAAUAACUGUUUUAUUAUUCAUUCAAAAUAUAAGUUCUUAACAAGCUUUCCACCUCUUAGACUUUCUUCUAAACUUUGGCCUAUUUUUCGGCACAGUUUCAGGAUAUAAACAGAGGUUUUUUUCGCAUCAAAAAGAAUAUAACAUUCAACUAGCAAUAUGUUUUGGGUAUUCUUGCUUUCCUUCCAUUCAGGUUUAGUCAGAAAUUCAGCUGUUUCGUUUCGGAUAACCGUGAAUACCAUUUUUUUCGUUCACUCGUGAAUAAACAGCUAGGUCGCCGCGCCUGGAAACGAGGUUGAUCGAUGGUCUUUUGCCCUAACAGCCUCGUUUUCAAUCAAAUAUACCAUCGAUUACCCUCGUUUACGAUCAAAUAUACCAUCGAAUCGAUGGUAUAUAUAUCGCUCUCAUCGUCCAAAUUUGGUCAGCGCCGGUUGGUUAUGAAGGAUUAGUCGGCGGAUUGGAGCCAAUCAGAAACGGAGAAAUAAUUUGAAUGAAUAAUAAUUCCAGUUACUUAGUUUGCACUGUAAAAUUAACCCUUUAGAGCAGAAUAUUUAAUAGGGGAGUUGAAAGGAGGCAUUUAAACUUCGAGAGAUCUGCACUGAGUAUUGCAACGCUUGUAGUUUUUCCUCCAGUCUCAUAAAGAUAACAGACCUCCAAUGAAACUUAUAAAACUGAAUGCAUGAAUACAAAAUGAAGAAAUAUGUAGAUCUCACGAAAAAAAAUCUAUCUCUCAUUGAAACCAUAGUUAGGAGAGGACACUGGUUAGGAAACCCGGCAAACAUCAAAGUUGAAAACAAUGGUGCUGUAGUUUAUGUUGGAAGCUCCCUGACCGUGCACAAUCCUUUGUUUUCUGUUCACAAAUUAUGACUGAAUAAAUUAAUGCGAUGUUUCUAUUGGUCAAUAACUUCAAAAUGAUAGGAAUGCUAUUGAACGUUAUGCACGGACAGGUCCAAAAAAGCUAACAAACACCUAACAAACAACAAAGGGUUUCCCAACCAUUCCAUUUUAAUUAACUAUGUUGGAACCAAACCCUUCAACACUCAGAAAAACGUAACUUUUAACAGUAUUACACAAUCAAAGAAACUAAUAUAUAGAUUUAGCCAGGGCUAAAGGUGAAGCUCUCGAUAAUUUUUAUUGUUUGCUCAAACAAAAUAUAAAAUCGUAUAACGCUGAGUGGCGAAAGCAACUAGAACGGUAAAAAAAAAUCAACAACAGGUCUAAUUAGCAAAAAAGCAACUUUGCACGUGCAGCACGUUUUUUUAGUACAUUUCUUUGCCGUUGUUUUGCACGACUGUUAAGUGAAACUUCCAUGCAGAAACUUCCUAGUUACACGUUUUAUGGAGGGAAUGUCGGACGUGUUCUUGUUCAAUCUUUUUUGACUAUCACUCAUUUUCACCCGGGUGGCCGCUAGCAUCUCGCUGCUACAAAACUUCAUUUUGUUCCUCCAACAGGAAAUGUCUCCUUUUGUUUUUUUUUCUCUCUAGUUCUAGCUCCUUUUCUCGUUGAGCUUGGCUGGCCUGUCGCCCUACUUUCUCUUUUUCUCUGUCUUCCUCUUUCUCUAUUUUCCAAAUUUGUGGACAUGACAAUUAACCUAAGCCUAAGGUGAUUCCUUAGUAAAAGAACCUAACAUAGAUUGUGGAUGAAACUUGGUACACUGAUGUAACAAGUCAAGAUGAUGAUAAAAAAGGUAAUAAAAAGUGGGGUCACCGUGCUUCUUUUUUUUUUGACGUCACAAGGCUGACUAAUACAGCUAUUUAGGACCCCAUGCAGCCCAAAACUAAACAAAAAGGAGAGAUUUUUUCGAUGAUGCAUUUGGUAUCGCACAGAAUUUGAAUUAAAUGUAUUGUUUAUCCACUUAAGUACCAGAAAAAUGCCUUUUUUGCCCUUCUUUUUACUUUACGCUCCAAAGUAGACUUAAUUUUGACACGCGCUACUGGAACCAUUAUAGCUCAAUCCGCACAAUUUAGUAAAAUUGUCAAAAAACUGAACAUAGAUUAUUACCAGUUUUUUUCCCAUUGGAAGGAAGCACUGGUCUUAUUAAAAUCAUGAAAUAAAAUAUGGGGUUCACUGUACUCCUUUUUACGGCAGUGCUGCAGAAAGUACGCACCAAAUGCAUUUUCUCCGAUUUUUGAGAGAGGACUGGGGCGAGUUUCAGAAGGCAUGUAUGUGGAAGGGGGAAGAAAGCAUUAAAAAAUCCGUUUUUUCAGAAUUUACAUCGAGAUAUCACAGUUAGGACGUAAUUUGAUAAAGAUGGCGCUUAAAUGAAAAUCAAAGUGAGUUAGCAGGAGUUUAACUUCUGUUAUCGAGGUUCUCCGUGAGGAAGUCGAACUGAGCAACACGCGUACUGCUUACGUUAUGCACAUUUCCCAACACAUAGAGUCUCAUUUUGGCAAGAAACAACCGCUAGCAAAAAUUCUUAUAGCGCUUCUCUUUAGUUAACUUUAUUUUAAUAAUGUUACUUUAGAUGCUCUUUUUCACGGCAGCCAUCUUGUUAUGCGCAGUAAGAGAUGCGCAGUGCAAAACCAGUGAAUCACCUUAAUACUUUAAAAAAAAACAACACGGAUACCGAAACAUUUUCCGCUUUCCGUUUUCGUCUUUAUUGACUCUUUAGUUGUGUCUGCUUCACAAGACGCGGGUGGCCAUAAGCGUUCCCGCCAAAAUAACCUGACAUUUGGCAUCGGCUUACAUGUAGUGGGUGUACGGACGGUCGUUCGUAGAAUACGUCAUAACCAAAUUUUCUCGGAUGGAUAGUUUACCAAAUUUUCUUACCCAUGGUGCUCCGCUAGCGCGCUUCGCGCGCGAGAGCUCUGCUAUCAUAGCCCCCUGUUUAAUUACCCUCACGAGAAAAAACCUUUCUAGGAAAGUAUUAGUGAAACUAAGAAUUAGCAGUCACAAACCUAAGACUUGAAACAGGGAUCUAAGAUACUGACAAUACACCACGUUAUGAAAGGCUAUACAGUAAAAAAUUGAAGAUCAAACUCACUUUGUACUAGAUUGCCCAAGCUAUUAUGUGAGAUAUGUUCCUUAGUACGAAAAUAGAAACUAAAAUGCCGUUUCCAGGACUGUUAACAAAAGAACCUUUCUUACCAAAUGUUAUGAAUUCAACUGACCAUUUCAUAAAAAUUCAAUUAAAUCUAUUCAUUUCAUCACACUUCGAAUUGAGAGACAAACUUGUCCCGGAAUAACUACUCGUACUAUAUGAACAGCUUUACUUUUUUUAUUUUAAGUCGUUUUGAUUAAUUAAAGAAUCAAGAAUUAGUUAUAAGUAGCUUUGCAAACUAUAAAACUCUUCUAUUAUAGUCAUGUCAAUAAAGCUUAUUAUUGUUGUUGGCUCUCGCUGACUGAAGAAUGAUACGAAAAGGCCAGUAGGGGGGAAGAGAAAAACUCUCCUUGUCUCCUUGAAACUUGGAGACAAUAAUGAGCAAAAAAGAAGGCAAGUCAUUGCUAAACAAAAAACAGGUCCGCUCUGUGGGCGUACAUGUGGCGAGAGUAUAGAUUAAUGGUCGAAUAGUGAAAAGAAGAAUAUUACUUUUAACUGUUUUAAAGUUAAAACGUCCUUUUUUGGAAUGUGUUAGUCGCAUAAAAGUUAACCUUUAAAAAAAAUUUUUUAGCAAUAAAUUGUUAUGUAGGGAGUAUCAAUAUGGCUUUUUACUAGUUUCUGUGUCUAGUCUGAUGGCUGAUGGACCCCAUUUUACCUAUUUUCCGACCUUAAUCUCGCUCCCAGAGUCCGUGUUACCAUAGUCCAGUGGAACAGACAACGGGGACUCCGGGAACGAGAUUGUUCCGACCCAGGAAAGGUCGUUCGAUGAAACCUCUGUUAUUUUUUUUAUUUUUUAUUUUUUUCAAGUAAUUGAUUUUUCUUCAUCAAAUGUCUAUUAAACGUAGCAAAGAGAAGUUAACCGUUAGCCGUAGGAAAGCCAAAAUAUUAACCGUUAACCGCUACUGCCUCCGCCCUAUAACAAUUUUAGUGUUUUCUCUGUUCGAACUCAAAGAUUAGCGGGAGUGCUUGUUCGCAGGGUAUCCCAUAUCUUGCUAGUUAUUAUUGCCAUGACUAAAACUUGUCACUGAUGAAUUGAAAAACUUUGAUAGAGCUAAGGUGUAUCCUCUCCAACUAGUGUUUUUAAUAGAGACGUUCACGAUCAGGCAAGAGGGGUCCACUCUCAUCCUGUCCCUGACUUUCUGCCAUUGUUCUCUCUGACUCAAACAACGCAGAACUAAAACUCGCUUUAAUGACCCUCCAACGGUCAACAAUUCUAAGGACACAUUAAAAAUAAAACAAGGGGACAAGGACAGGAUGUUCUGAUGUAUUCUUCGUACUAUUUUUGACCCCUAAAUAAAGGCGAUCGCCAACAUCCCCAUGCAAACCAUAAUAAUAUUUAUGUUACGCAACAACGAUUGAUUGAUUGAUUGAUCGAUUAAUGACUGAUCGAUUGAUGGAUUGAUUGAUUGACUGAGUGAUUGACUGAGUGAUCAAUGAUUGAUUGAGUGAUUGAUUGAUUGAUUGAUUGAUUGAUUGAUUGAUUGAUUGAUUGAUUGAUUGAUUGAUUGAUUGAUUGAUUGAUAAUAAGAAAGCAUUUCUGUCAUUUCUCUUUAUUCUUUUACAGCCUUUGGACUGAUAGCAGAGCCUACCUCAGGAAACCUUUCGGUCUACAGUGGAUCCAAAGUUCUUUUAAGGUGUACUGACAAAACAUUGAGCUCGAUAUCUACUUUGAUCCAGAGUUUGAUUUGGACCAAAGAUGAAGUCACAAUUCCAGCGCAUGAUCUGCGGCUUAAUUCGACAAGUGGCACAUUGUUGAUAGAACAAGUCCGAGAAAAUGACACGGGCACUUAUGUCUGUACAAUAAGAGCUGCAGGAUACUUGAGCAUCCGUAGCAUUAUACUUCAUGUUAUAGGUAAGCCAAUAAACCUCUCUUAAAGGACAUCUCUACAUAUAUCAAGUGUGCCCAUCACCCCCCCCCCCCCCCCUUUGUGAUAAGAAAAAUCCGAGAAAAUGAACCGGGCACUUCUGUUUGAAAAAUAAAGGGUUAAGGAUAAUUGAGCAUCCGUAGCAUUAUACUUUAUGUUUUAGGUAAGCCAAAAAACCUCCCUUAAAGGACCUCUCUACAUAUACCAAGUGGGCCCAUCCCCCCCCCCCCCCCAGAACGUUUCUCGCGGCGUUUAGCAAGUCGUGUAUCCCCCGGGCAGGGAAUUUGUCCUCUAAGGUCUUUUCCCCGGGGUUGAAGAAUUUGUUAUUGUUGAAUUUCUCUUUUCUCAUCCAAUUCUAGAUCUUCGCAAUGCGAUUAACCUUCUGGCCACCGCGGGUUUAUGGCCAAUUAGCUUUUUAGGGGGGAUCGCUGAAAACUUUGGAAGGAUUCAGAGAGGGGACCACUCAAAUUUGCUUGGAAAAUGAAGACGUGAAGGGGGGGGGGAUCGCGCAAGUCAUCAAAAGUUAUUAGGGGCGAUCGGCUAAAUUUCAUCUUCUUUAGCCCCAAAUCCUCCGUCCCCACCACAGGCGAUAAAUAAUGACCGGUCCCUAAGUACCAGUAUGUUUUCGACCAUUGAUAAGAACAUUCACAACCACCACUUCAUUUCAACAGACUGUAACUACACCAUCCCUUCAUAACCAAAUUAGCACUCCCAGCCUUCCACAACUACCUCACUUCAAGACCUAAAAUCACUUUUACCUUCCAAUAAAAUGUUACUUCUUAUCGAAUUCUAUGAGAAACCAGUUUCGCUGAUUAAGGUAUUACAUCUGCCAUAAACCAUUCCAUUUCAAAAUUUUAUUCCUCAAAUGAUACAGAAUUUUGCAAAAGAAAAAGUACACAGGUCUAUCAAGCUUGAGCUGAGCUUUCAGAAAAUUGAUAUUACAAACAACGCUUUAGCCAUGACAAUGAGUUUUUAAAAGGACUUUGUUGCAAGUAGAACUUUUACAACAAUUUUUUGUACCUUGUGCUGUGAAUGAUGCACCACAGGAAAAUGCAAGUAGGCAUCCAAAUUGCAAGUCCUUAACGUAGUAAUCGUGUAAAAACAAUUGAACUUAAACUCGCACUAUAGUUCUCUGCACUUUAUGCAUUUUCGGCUUUGUAUAGCAUGUUCCGACCCUCUCGGGAUGGAGAGCAGAAAAAUAACCGAUGGCCAGAUCACAGCUUCAACCGAAUUCAACGCUGCACGAGGCGCCACCAAUGGCAGACUCAAUUUCAAGGCUGGAGGAGGUAAGACUGGUGCAUGGUCCGCCCUCAGAAAUGACGUUCAUCAGUGGUUGGAAGUGGGUCUUGUAGCUAAAACCAAGGUGACAGGAAUACAGAUCCAGGGACGACAAGACGUGGAUCAAUGGGUUACGAGCUUUACUAUCUCCUACAGCAGCAACGGCACCACCUUUACACCUUAUCAGAACAGCAAGGUAUGGAAACAGAUGAAAAUCGUAGCAAGACAAACUCUAGCAAUUAAUUAAACUAAUUGAAUCUCGACUCUGUAACAUGAAAUUGUCUCAAAAUAUUAGUCCCACAUUAAAAACUUAGCAACACUGUUACCCUCCACAAGUACCUAACUAGUUUAACCAUAACGCUUCAUUUAUCUGCUGCAGGUCUUCAAUGGAAACACGGACCGCAACACCGUGGUUUUGAACGUUUUGAACCCUUCCAUAGAUGCACGCUACAUUCGGGUGCAUCCUAAGACGUGGCGUGGCCAUAUUUCUAUGAGGAUGGAACUCUUAGGAUGUCCGUUAGGUACUAUCAUUUUUUUUCAUUUUCUUGUCAAUAAACAAACAGGUUUCCACUUAAUCGACAAAAGCGCUCGACUAUCUCCUCGCAUACUCAUUCAACUACAGUUCGGUCUUAUAAUAAUUGCCUUAGAUAAUCAAAGAGCCGAAUAUGCAAUCAAUUUGAUAGCAAACACCGUUAUGUGUUUUACCUUACCAUACUUACAAACCACGGGGGCGUCGAAAAUUUAAAGGGAACUACUUACAAACCAGGGGCGUAGCCAGCUUUUCGACAUGUUGAAGGCCUGAUCCCUACACGAGUAUUAAUGGGUAAUUCCAUAUACGUGGCAUGCGGUCAUUUGCUGAAAUCUUCGGAGAGGUGAUUAAAAUUGCUACCCUAUCGAAUUAUUGGACAUAUCUUCAUAGCCUUCGUGGACCUGAAAGUUGCACACUAUUGGAUGUUGCACCCCGUGACUCUUGGUUGAAAUAUCUUAAAACCUGGCAAAACUCCCCCAUCUACUAUUAGGUCUGUGUUCCUUCAAUUCCAGUACAAAAUGAGGAGCUUCAAAACCAACUGCUAUUCGCCUGAGUGGGCUACAUUCGAGAAAAUCUCGGAAAUAGGCGCGCAACAGAUGAGGUGCAUGAAGAUGAAUAGUCCAGGUUUCAUUCAACUCCUUGGUGAGGUCAUACCCGCCAACUAAGACGUAACGAGGUGACUUAUCGGUGCCACUUUCACUUUGUAAGAACUGGGAAAGGCACUGACGCUUGUUAGAUGAUUUGGAAACCUCUAGAAACAAGAGGACUGAACUUCCCUUUUCGCCAUUGGUAGGUCGGUUGUCAGUAACAUGUAUCAGUGGAGUCGGUGCUGAGAUCAGUAGUUCGAGAUUUAGAUACAAUCUAUUCGACAAGCUACGCAUACAAUUAAAAGAAAUAAAAAGAAUAAGCCAGAACAUUUUGAAGGUCGGGUGGUGUAACCUGAGAAAAAUUCCUGUGCAUACUAAGCUACCGAGAUGGCACUUGCAGAGUCGUCCACACUAGCUCUAUUAGGAAAAAAAAACAUACUCAGUUAACAACCGUUAAAACGUCACAUAUCUAAGAUGUUCGGCAUGCAUAUUUUAUCUGUUCGUCUCUGGAUGCUCCAGGUUGAUAAGUGGCGCACUUGACCGUCCCAAAGAUGUGUAUUGUUUCUUCUCCUGCUUUCCGUUGCUCGCUUGAAAGGUUUAAUAGUUGGUCUGCCUUGACUUUAUAACAGGAGUUCUUUAAAUGAGUUCUGAGUUUGUUUUAACAUCCUGAACAAGAGCCUUUAUUCUCGCAGGCUUAAUUUGGUGCGGCUGUUCAGUGGGUUAGUAUAGUUCUUUCUGGCACAUCGUCUCUGAGAUAUGGUAUAUUAACAUCUUGGUUAGUAGGCUCCAGAUAACAAUUCCUUGGCCAAAAUGCUCUUGGUCUUCCUCGAAGAUUAGGGUUCUAUCACGACAAUUUGGUGGUUAGAUUUAAAAGACUCACUGUGCAAAGGAUAAACGCUACAGUUCUUAGUCGCCAGUUUCGCGUAACAUUCAGUAAGUCAACGGCAUUCAAACGUUCAUGAUCCUUGUGGAUCCUUAUGGAGAUGCGUAAGUGCAUGUCCACCUGGGGAUCUUCUUUUAUCGUUGUCGGUUUUUUAGUGUUCUCAAUGCACUCUCACUGAAAGACCUAUCUCAGACUGCAGAUAAUUGACAAAGUUAGAAGUGCUGUAAAUGCCCACGAUACAUUUGGGUGGAACUCUUGAGGACAACAAUAUGGAAGUGUCUCAACAAUUUACUGGUGGCUUUCUGAUCAUAUAGUGCGUUUUCCAUCACAAUAAUUUCCUUUUCUGCAGUGGUCGAAUGAAUACUUUCUGAAAUCGAUCACAUCUCAUACGCAAGUUCAAUUUUCGACUUUAUACUGGGAAGCGUAAUAUUGAUGAGUCAAGCAGACAGAAGAAAUUGUGGGCCCGAGCCUACGGACCUGUAGGCUGGCAACGCCCCUGCAAACUAAUGCAAUUUUACAAACAACGCUUCAGCAACAAUAACUGUGUUACAAGUGGCGUCUUUAACUUUCAUUUCCCUGCAACGUGAUAUGAAAAAUACGCCACAAACAUACACAAGUAGGCAUCCAAAUUAAAGUCCAAAAAACACCUCCUGUUAUAACCUUGUAAGACAGUUCUCGCUCAGCAAGCAAAAAGCGCUAACACUUUCAACUCUGGACAGAACGAUUCUACGACAUCAUAAACUUAACAGACGCAAUUGAGCUUAAACUUGCACUAUAGUUCCUUGCAAUAAUAAUGUCCUCUCUGUGCAUAGCAUGUUCCGACCCUCUCGGGAUGGAGAGCAGAAAAAUAACCGAUGGCCAAAUCACAGCUUCGACCGAAUUCCACGGGGACCUUGCAUACGGCGCCAAGAAUGGUAGACUCAAUUUCAAGUAUAAAGUAGAUAAGGCGGGGGUACGUCAGUCUGGUGGCUGGACCUCCCAAGUACGUGACGUUCAUCAGUGGCUACAAGUGGAUCUUGGAGCCAAAACCGAGGUGACAGCAAUACAGACCCAGGGUCGACAAGAUCGCUUUCAGUGGGUUAGGAGCUUUACUAUCUCCUACAGCAGCAACGGCACCACCUUUACACCUUAUCAGAACAGCAAGGUAUGGAAACCGUUGAAAAUCGUAGCAAGACAAACUCUAGCAAUUAAUUAAACUAAUUGAAUCUCGACUCGGUAACAUGAAAUUGUCUCAAAAUAUUAGUCCCACAUUAAAAACUCAGAAACACUGUUACUCUCCACAAGCAACUAACUAGUUUAACCUUUUAAAAAUACUUCAUUUAUCUGCUGCAGGUCUUUAAUGGAAACACGGACCGCAACACCGUGGUUUCGAACGUUUUGAACCCUUCCAUAGAUGCACGCUACAUUCGGGUGCAUCCUAGGACGUGGCGUGACCGUAUUUCUAUGAGGAUGGAACUCUUAGGAUGUCCGUCAGGUUACUACAAUUUCUUUUUCCUUUUCUUCAGUUGUCAAUAAACAAACAGGUUUCCACUUAAUCGACAAAAGCGCUAGACUAUCUCCUCGCAUACACUCUGUCUUAAUCGUCUUGGACAAUGAAAGAGCCAAAUAUGCAAUCAAUUUGAUAGCAAACAUCGUUAUGCCUUUUACCUUAUCAUACUUACAAACCAGUGCCGGAUCCGGACCUUCAGAUAAGGGCGCGGGGGGGGCGGUCUCCAAAACAUUUUUUUUCAUUUUGGUCUAAAAAUAAGGGGGCCCACCCCUCCCCGCGUCUUCAACUUUCUUUUACAUCACGUUUCUUAUCUACCCAAAAGCUAUCUAUGGACAAAGAAAGUGAAAGAAAUCUAUUUUUCAACUCUUGCCACGAAAUCAGGAUUUUGCUCGAGUUUUCCUGACCUUCGCUCUUAAAUAUUCUCGAAAGUGUCGUUUGUUUGUCACAAACAACAACUAAGUUUGUACUUCUUACCAUUUUGAAUCAUAUAAUGUUCAUCCCUUCUUUUAAAAACGGCCUUAGGUUUUUUUCUUCUGUGAUAGCAACUUACUUCUUCUUCAACAACAGUGCAAAAACGAAUUGACAAACAGGUUUCCGCCAUCGUUUUUUAUGCGAACUAAUCACAGCACCUUUUUUAUUCGUGCUUCGCGCUCGAAUUAAUUUUUUAACCUUGAUAAAACACUGCAGUUUGUGUUCCCUCCUGCAAAGACCAUAGCUCUUGAACCAAUAAGCAGGCGCACAGUCACUUAGUUAUUACAGUAUAAAAUGUUAUAGACCUUAGCUCUCGACCGAAGAAAGGGCGAGAAAUUACUCAGUUAUAUUGUAUAGAAGCCAAAUGAAUCACUCACUCCAUAAAUGCAUUUUACUUUACUGUUAAUAGCUGGCGCUCCUAUUGACGGUGGAUUGGGAGAGUGGAGUCAAUGGUCACAGUGUAAACCCCCCGGUAUUGCAAGUAGAACACGAUUGUGUAACCGACCACCUUCCGCGAAGGAGGUGCAAUCAUGUCGGGGUCACGUAUUUGAAGCACAGUUUUGCCUUUUUCCAGGUAAGUAA